AAAAGACAAAGGAAAAAGUUGGAAAAAGAAAGAAAAGCGCAGGCGCAAAAGCGGACGGAGCUCGAGGCCAAAAGCUCCAAAACCCUAACUACUUGCGCUUUGAACUUCGCUCCCAUGGACAGGAGAUCUCCGGUUCCUCUCAGAUCAUCGCGUUCCGCGUCGCCGAAUCCGGUAUUUCGAGCUCCGCUUCGCGCGAUCUCGCUCCCUCUCGAUUCGACCCCGCUCGCCGACACCGCCGGCCCCCGCUCCUAACCUCCUCCAGAGAUCCACCGCCACUCCAUGCCCUCGCCGCUCAUCGCCGGAUUGAUCUCGCAAGGCUUGGUAGAUCCGUGUCCUUCGUACUGGGACGGGAUCGAGGAUGAGGAGUUUCGGGGGUGUGUUGCGGAUUUGUCCCUGUGGAGGAUUGCUGAGAAGUCUCUCAAGAAUUUUGGUGUUGAAUUACUUGGUGAUUGUAUUGUAUUUGGAACUCAUUGCUGAGGCGAACUUGAGCAGCCAUAAACAAGAAGCAACAGUGGUAGCUGCAGCUGCUUCCCCUUCAGGUGGAUGGAAUCCAGUCCAUUCCAGGAUUGCCUCUGCCAAGUUCAAACUCCCUUUGCCAGCGAGUGUUCCUCCGUCUGAUAGAAGACACAGGAAGCAUUCUUCAUUGCUUGCGCCUUCACCAGUGCGUGCUCCUCCGGAUUAUGGCUCACUAACAACUAAGGGCCACCCCUCAUUGAAUUCAUCACAACUAUCAGAUCCUUCAAUGCAGCGCAGCACCCAUCCUUCCCUUGGGUCGGCCCUUGUACCUUCGCCUGCUGAGGAUUCUGCUCCUGGAGAUUCCAAUUCUAGCUCAGUUCCUUCUGGUUUGGCAGAACCUCCAUCUCCUCACCCUGGAUGUUGUGCGCCAAACAUGGUACAGAGACGAGGUGCUCAAGAUUGUCAUUGUGUGUACCCGGUGAAAGUUGAGUUGUUUCUUCUGAAUGUUUCUCUGAGUUCAAACUGGAGUAAAGAAUUUCUUCAAGAACUGGCUUCUCAGCUCAGUUUGCAGGUUCCUCAAUUUGAGAUCGAUAACUUCUAUGUUGUUGGUGCGUCGGGGCUAAAUAUCACAAUGGACAUAGCCCCACAGACUGGGAUAAGUUUCUCUAAGGAUCAAGUUUAUGCGAUGAAUUCUUCACUUGCCUUGCAUAGGGUUCAUAUCAACCCUGCGCUAGUUGGAAACUACAAGCUUCUUAAUUUAACUUGGUUCAAGCCAGAAACUCCUUCUCCUGCUCCAGCACUGUUUAUGUCACCUACAGCUUCACAGCCUGCAAUGCCCUAUUUGCCUAUGCCAAGUAGCGAUGGUGGAAACAAAAAGCAUUCAAGUCUGCUUAUUAUCAUCGGCAUAUGUGCUGGUGUUGUAAUCAUUGCUUUCAUAAUUGUGCUUACAAUCUGUUCAUGCCUAUCUGGCAAAUGGAGGAAAAGGAUACCAGUUAAUGAAACAGCAAAGCCAAGAACUGCAGAUGCUGUUUCUUUAGAAGGGUCUCUUUGUCAUCCCACCAGUAUACGGUUCCUGCCAUACGAAGAGCUCAGAGAAGCAACAAAUAACUUUGAGCCUGCAAGUGUUCUUGGAGAAGGUGGGUUUGGCCGUGUCUUCAAUGGUGUUUUAAGGGAUGGUACCGCUGUUGCCAUAAAAAAACUUAGCAGUGGAGGACACCAGGGAGAUAAAGAAUUCUUGGUUGAGGUUGAGAUGCUGAGCAGGCUGCAUCAUCGAAAUCUUGUGAAACUAGUUGGUUACUACAGCAACCGUGACUCAUCACAGAACCUUCUCUGUUAUGAACUUGUCCCAAAUGGGAGCUUAGAAUCCUGGCUUCAUGGUCCCUUGGGGACUAACGGCCCCUUGGAUUGGGACACUAGAAUGAAGAUUGCUCUUGAUGCUGCUAGAGGGUUAGCCUACCUUCAUGAGGACUCCCAACCCCGUGUGAUCCACAGGGAUUUCAAAGCAUCAAAUAUAUUGCUAGAGAACAAUUUUCAUGCCAAGGUCUCUGAUUUUGGUCUGGCCAAACAGGCACCUGAAGGUCGGGCAAAUUAUCUUUCCACUCGUGUGAUGGGAACAUUUGGGUAUGUAGCACCUGAAUAUGCCAUGACUGGACAUCUUUUAGUAAAGAGCGAUGUAUACAGUUAUGGAGUGGUUCUACUUGAACUGCUGACAGGAAGGAGGCCUGUAGAUAUGUCACAACCAUCUGGCCAGGAAAACCUUGUGACUUGGGCUCGGCCGAUUCUUCGAGACAAGGAUAGAUUAGAAGAGCUUGCAGAUCCAAGACUUGCAGGUAACUAUCCAAAGGAUGACUUUGUGCGAGUUUGCACAAUUGCAGCAGCCUGUGUUGCACCUGAGGCGAGCCAGAGGCCCACAAUGGGUGAAGUGGUUCAGUCUCUUAAAAUGGUUCAACGUGUCAUAGAAUGUCAGGAUACCAUGCCGACUCCAUCUGCUCGCCCAAAUGUCAGGCAGUCUUCAACGACCUACGAGUCUGAUGGCACUUCCUCGAUGUUCUCUUCUGGACCAUUCUCAGGAUUGAGCCUUUUUGACAAUGACAAUAUCUCCAGAACAGCAGUUUUCUCAGAAGAUCUCCAUGAAGGCCGGUGAAGUGUCAAGAUUCAAGAGCAAUAUUUAUGGCCAUUAGGUACUUCGAUCGCCAAAAUGGCAAUACAAGAAUCAGGUUCUGCUAUGCAAACGAGGCGAGAUCUUGGAUUGAUGGCUUGAGAUUGGCAGGAGGUUGUUUGGUUACAUGUUGCUUGUAUAUUUCAAUUUUUCUUACGCCCAGGUAGUUUUGGGGCUUAUCUCCAUGGAAACAUUUUUCUCGCUCUUUGUUCUGUGUCUGAUCAAAUGUCCUCUUUGCCUCCGGGCAUCUGUUUACAUGCAUUUCUUUACUAAUACGAAUUCAUGAAGAAAGUUUUGUUCCUA